AUGCGAGCAUGAGCUCCUUUUUAGAUUACCCUUUCAUCAACGGAGACACCGGGUGCUCACCCAGGGCUUACCACCUAGACCAUGGAAUUACAACUUUUCAGUCAUGUGCUGUCACAGCUAAUAACUGUAGCCGAGAUGAUCGCGUUAUCGUAGGCAGGGAUACCCAAGGUGGCCCAUCUCAUCAUCAGCCUGGAGCUUACCAGCACCAUAACAGUCUGGGGAUCUCUUACGCCAGCCACUCCAGCUGUGGCACAGGUUAUGGUACGCAGAAUUUCUGCACAGGUUACAGCCACUAUUCACUGAGCCAGGAUGCGGAUUCCACUGCAGGAUAUCACCAGUGUGCCCCUACUGUUUACACUGGGAAUAUUUCGUCUUCCGUGGUUCAGCAUCACCAAGGUUACAGCGGAGCAGCAUUGGGUCCAAUUCAGUAUCCCUAUCCACCUUGUGGACACGAGCAACAGAGUAUGACACUGUCAGCCUGCAAUAACCCCUUAUCCCCUCUGCAUGCCAGUCACCAGGAAACCUGCUGCACUCUAUCAGAGACUUCAGCCCCAGCCCAGACAUUUGACUGGAUGAAAGUUAAAAGGAAUCCGCCCAAAACUGGAAAAGUUGGAGAAUAUGGUUUCGCUGGACAACCUAACACAGUAAGAACAAAUUUUACAACCAAGCAACUCACCGAGCUGGAAAAGGAGUUUCACUUCAACAAGUACCUGACAAGAGCCAGGAGAGUGGAAAUAGCAGCUGCCUUGCAGCUGAACGAGACUCAGGUAAAGAUCUGGUUCCAGAACCGGAGAAUGAAGCAAAAGAAACGAGAAAAAGAGGGGUUAAUACCGGCUUCUUCCAAAACACCAGAAAUCGACGAAAAGGCAGAAGAGUCAUCAGAGAAAUCUAUUUCAACAGCUUCAACCCCUUCUCCAGCUUCGUCCUCCGCAGAAACUCCAUCUACCUCGAGUUAGGACGUCACAGACACAAUAUAUAACACGGGCUGUUACACAUUGCCAGUGUUGGCUGCGAUUUAAGAUGUUCCAUGUUAGCGUUAAUCAUUGCCACUGGAAAUAGUAACGUGAUUUGCAUUCCUCUAUAUUUAUUUAGUAACUUUAUUUAAAGACCAAUGAACAAAGGGUUUAUUCAAAAUAAAACGAAUGCAUUUCUAUUUUAGAACAGAUCUAGUUUGUAAUUUUUGUUUUAUGGCUGCAUGGUUUAAAUCUAAAUCGGCAAAAAAAAAAAAAAAAAAAAAAAACGAUUUCGCACUGCAGCCAAAUUAUUUGCAAUCCCAGAUUCAUAGGCCUAUGACUGCUAGAACUGUCCACUGACGGCAAAUGUAAACAUUAAUGCACUAUAUGAGCGUUUAAAUA